AUGACGAAGGCACUCCGUGCCCGUCACCUGCGUUCGGAGAUGCCCAAUUCCCUCGCUACGGAGCUCGCAACAUCGUCAAGUACACUAGUAGUGGACAAAAUUUGGUACAGCAAGUCGAGAUUGCCCGCCUGCGAGCGCGAAAGUCGCUGCAGCUUUCUUAUGGAGUUUCUUACCAAGGUCGUUCCAAAAGCUAAUUCUGAUCCGAUGUUCGCCGUUCCUGGGGGGUACCUCCGGUACUUAGAGCAGCUGCGAUUCAGUAAACCAGUACUUCAACUGAACACCGUGGCCUAUUACAAUGCGAUGUGCUGGGAAAAUCCAAAAUUUAACUUUCACCAGAUCAAAAAGCACGCUGCCUCAGCCUUCGAGGCUAUCGUCAGUGAAGCAGUUCGUCAGACACGAAUUACAAUCCUGGUGAGCAUGCCGGCUCAGUAUUCAUCCCACAUUGAAGGAGGCACUCACAACUCAUCCAAUAAACAAUCAAAAGAUGAGCCACUCAUAACUGACUCUCUUGAGCUCCUUCUCAAUAUGGCAGCACCUCAACUUUCUUCAAGUCUUUCAUCAAUCGACCAGAAUUCACCUAAAACAAUUUUUGAUACGUUUCCAGAGCUGAGAAUUUGCACUGAUCAGCUUGAGGCAUCCGAAGCGGAUUAA